AUGUUGGUGGAACAAGUUGUAAUUAUGUUUUAUAUUGUUUGUUUAAUGCUUAGAAUAAGUAAUUCUAAAUAUAUAUCGAAAGUUAUAUCUUCAACAAGAUCAACUUUUUCAUUUACAAAAUCAAUAUCACUACAUUCAAUAUACAAUAAUAACAAUAAUAAUAAUAGUAAUAAAUUAAAUAAUCAUAGUAAUAGUAGUAACAACAUUAAUAAUUUAAAAAGAUAUUGUAGUAGUAGUACUUUAAAUAAUAAUAAUAAUAAUAAUAUAAAUAGAAAUGAAAAUUUUGAAUAUGAAAUCGAUGAAUCACAAAUAGAUCAGGAAUCAUUGGAACAACUUAGAAAGCUUAUUAAAAAGAAUUCCAAUAAGAACAAAGAUGGAAAAUCAUUGUCCAGUUUGAAUGAUGCAAAGUUUGAUAAUAUACAGUCACUCGAGGAUUUGGAGAGUGUAGAACCAGAGUUUGAUAUUUCAUCAGAGUUGGCUCGCAUCGAAUCACUGUUGACGAGCGAGAUGCAACUGGAGGCACUCGAGGAGAUGGAGCGAAACGAACUCGACGCCAAGACAAUUGCAGAGCUCCAGAAGCAGAAGGAAGAAGAGAGUGCCAAGUACAAGGAGCUCUACGAGAAGAUCAAGUUGGAGACCGACUUUGAGAUCUCGGUGACUGACACUGCGCGUAAGGCCUAUCGUCAGCUGCUCAACGACACCAGCAUGAUCCAGCGGUCGACGGGCCUCAAAUCGAUCAAGAAUGUGAUGUUCCAGUGCUGUAUGAUCAACAAGUACAUCGAUGGUGAGGAUAUCGACGAGAAAGUACCGGCAUUCUACUACAAAUACCGAUACAACAACAACAAAAAGUAUGGAGUCAUCUCGUGUCACGACAAUGUCUAUUCACUCAUGGACGAAGGACAUUUCCUUGUCGAAGCAAUGAAUGCUCGUCUCCUACCGAUGGUAGUUCCACCACAGCCAUGGACCCAUCCAAACAAGGGUUGUUAUCUUCAAUAUCCAUGUUUCAUCAUGAGAACAAAUGGUUCAAAGCUACAGAAAACAUCAUUGUAUCAAUCGGAUUUAACAAAUAUAUAUGAAGGUCUGAAUGUGCUGGGAGAAGUACCAUGGAAGACAAAUGAAAAGAUGAUGUCGAUUCUUUUGGAAGCUUGGGAGAAAGGUGGUGGAAUUGCUGAUUUACCGAGUAGAUACGAUUUUGAGCUGCCAGAGUCACCGAGUCAGGAGGAUUUGCAAGACGAAAAAGUGAAGCGAGAUUUCAAUAAGAAGCUGAGAAAGGUCAAGGGUGCAAACAACGAUUUGCACUCGCUGCGUUGUGAUACUCUCUACAAGCUGAACGUCGCCAAACAACUACAGGAAUAUACAUUCUACUUCCCGCACAACGUUGAUUUCCGUGGUCGUUCCUAUCCGAUCCCCCCACAUCUCAAUCACAUGGGUUCCGAUUUCUGUCGUUCGAUGCUCAAGUUUGCCGAGGAGAAAGAACUUGGCGAGCGUGGAUUCGAGUGGUUGAAGGUACAGGUCGCCAAUCUCUUUGGUGUCGAUAAAGUCAGUUUCGAAGAUCGUGUAGCAUUCACAAUGGAGAACAUAGAGAAUAUCUACGACUCGGCAGACCGUCCUCUCGACGGCAAGAGGUGGUGGCUCAAAGCCGACAGUCCCUGGCAGACGCUGGCCGCCUGCAUAGAGUUGACCGACGCCAUUCGUUCGGGCAACCCAACAACCUUCAAGAGUAGUCUACCAAUUCACCAAGACGGUACAUGUAACGGUCUACAACAUUAUGCUGCACUCGGUGGUGAUGAACUCGGUGCGCUGAAGGUCAAUUUGUUGCCCUCUCCAAAACCCCAGGACGUCUACACCGGAGUCGCCCAAAUGGUGGCGCAGAUCGUCCAUGAAGAUGCGUUGGCUGGCGACGAACUGGCAAAGCUUCUCGACGGUAAAAUCGAGAGAAAGAUCAUCAAACAGACCGUUAUGACCAGUGUCUACGGUGUCACAUUUGUUGGAGCGCGUAUGCAGAUUGAGAAUGCACUCAGCGACAAAUACCAGAUUGACGAAGCGACACUCUUCAAGGCAACGACCUAUCUCUCCAAGACAACAUUCGCAUCGCUCGACAAGAUGUUUAUUGGAGCGCGUUCCAUUAUGGCGUGGCUUGCCCAAUGCGCCGGACUCAUCUCCAAGCAGACGGGCGAGUGCGUCGCGUGGUACACCCCACUCGGACUCCCAGUGGUCCAGCCUUACCGCAAAGGUGGAAAAGUCAGCGUCAAAACGAUUAUGAACGACUACCUGAUGGUGGAGGACAACGAUCACCUCCCGGUCGACUCGAGAAAGCAGCGAUCGGCUUUCCCACCCAACUUUAUUCACUCACUCGACUCUACACAUAUGUUUUUAACGGCGAUCCAGUGCAAGAAGAAAGGCAUUACAUUUGCAUCGGUACAUGAUUCCUUCUGGACACAUGCAUCGACAAUCGACACAAUGAACACAAUGCUUCGUCAUCAAUUCGUGGAACUCCAUUCACAACCCAUUUUAGAGCGUCUCAGAGAGUGGUUCAAUCACCGUUAUCCCACUGUUAAUAUACCACCCGUACCAAACAGAGGUUCACUCGAUCUCAAAAAGGUUAGAGAUAAUCAACAAUUAAUCUACUUUACUACAGAAUUUGAUCUUGGGAAUGUAUCAAAUACAACACCUAUAAUAUCGACAUUGAAUAUGGGUGGUGCCAGUGGAGGUGCCACUGCCAACAGUACAUCAAGCACAUCAACAACUACCACUACAACUACUAUAACAACAACAUCAUCACCACAACAACCUAUAGCACUUAGAUUAACAAUCAAAUCAAAGAAGAAAAAGAGAGUACAAUGGUCUGAAGAAACUGUAGAUAAUGAAAAUAUGUUAAAAAAGAAAUCAAAAAGUAAAAAACCUUAUGAUGAAAGUAGUGAUGAGAGUGGUAGCGAAGAUGAUCAUGAUCACAAUGACUCAAAUGAUUGUAAUCACCAUGAAUGUGGGCAUGAUGAUAAUAAUAACUCUAGUAAUGAACCAGCUGCAUCAUAA